AUGAUAUUUCGUGAAGCGUUACUGAUAUUCAAUGCGAUAGGGGAGGAAACAAGGGUACCCUCGGAACCAACUACAUCGGCAUCAGUCACAAGUCCUACUACAUCUACCACAACCACGACAACAGACCUGUGCCACCCUGCUGGCGUGAAGGGUAAGCGAUUUGGGUGCUCAGAACUGAACGGAUUUAUUUACGAUGUUAGAAGUGAUGAUUGCCAUCCCGUUCCAUACGGCGGCUGUUUCAAAUUUUACAAGAGUUGUUUGUAUACAUGCGCUCAGGGCCAAAAACCGUUUAUACCUCAAGAAAUAGUGACAAUCAUACCGCUCACGGAAACAGAAGCUCCGAGUACAUCGCUAACGACUACAGCCGCAGGAGUGAUAGAUCAAGAGACUUGCCUACAGCAACCACCACGACAAAAUUGCUCAGAAAACACCGUCAGAUAUGCUUACAAUGCCAAAUACGGAAAAUGUGGAGAAUUUUAUGGCUGCGAAGGUGAAGGGAAUAAUUUCGGGAGCGUGAUGGAAUGCUUGAAGAAUUGCAACUAUAUAUGGUACCCAGAUGGCAAAUUUAAAGAAAAGCGUCUAAGGGUGGAUUGGGACAAAGAGCUUGAUGAACAUCCACGAUAUGCACCAUUUUGUCCCAAGUUCCGAUAUGCUUUCAAUGAGGAAACAAUGGAUUGCGAAAUAAUUUUCUACAAGGACUGUGACGAACCCUUCCAUUACUACAAGACUUGGCGCGAGUGCAUGGCCGUCAACCUUAUAUAUAAGAAAGUAGCAUAG